GCGCGGAAAUGCGGUGUCCGGAGCGGCAGAGGUAGCCUUCGGGUGGUCGGCAGCUCAUGUGCGAGCCACGUUCGGUAGCUGCAGGCGUCCUUCCCUCCGUGCCCGCCCCCAGAGCCCUGAGCCGGCCCCCUCCCCAGCAGCGGUCGCGCCUCCGCCCCGCACCUGGGCCCUACCCGCUGCCGGGAAGAUGGCACAGCCGGCGACGGAGACGUCUGCCUGCGCCGCGGCUGCGGAAGACGACGGCGACGAGGUGAACGGCAGGAAGGUGGCUCUCAUCACCGGCAUCACCGGGCAGGAUGGAUCGUACUUGGCUGAGUUCCUGCUGGAAAAAGGCUACGAGGUGCAUGGCAUUGUUCGUCGGUCUAGUUCUUUUAAUACGGGCCGGAUUGAACAUCUUUAUAAGAACCCACAGGCUCACAUCGAAGGAAACAUGAAGCUACACUAUGGUGAUCUCACGGACAGCACCUGCCUGGUGAAGAUCAUUAAUGAAGUCAAGCCCACCGAGAUAUACAACCUGGGAGCUCAGAGCCAUGUCAAGAUUUCUUUCGACCUAGCAGAAUAUACUGCUGACGUUGAUGGGGUUGGCACUUUACGGCUCCUAGAUGCUAUUAAGACCUGUGGCCUUAUCAACUCUGUGAAGUUCUACCAAGCCUCCACCAGUGAACUUUUUGGAAAAGUGCAAGAAAUCCCACAAAAGGAGACCACCCCUUUUUACCCAAGAUCUCCUUACGGGGCAGCAAAACUGUAUGCCUACUGGAUUGUGGUGAACUUCAGAGAGGCCUACAAUCUCUUUGCUGUGAACGGCAUCCUCUUCAAUCAUGAAAGCCCCAGGAGAGGGGCCAACUUCGUUACUCGAAAAAUUAGCCGAUCGGUAGCGAAGAUUCAUCUUGGACAGCUGGAUUGCUUCAGCCUGGGCAAUCUGGAUGCUAAGAGAGACUGGGGCCAUGCCAAGGACUAUGUUGAGGCCAUGUGGCUGAUGUUGCAAACGGAGGAGCCUGAGGACUUUGUCAUAGCCACUGGGGAGGUCCAUAGUGUCCGUGAAUUUGUGGAGAAGUCAUUUAAACACAUUGGGAAAACCAUUGUGUGGGAAGGGAAGAAUGAAAAUGAAGUAGGACGAUGCAAAGAGACUGGCAAGAUUCAUGUGACAGUCAAUCACAAGUACUACAGGCCAAGUGAAGUGGAUUUUCUGCAAGGGGACUGUACCAAAGCCAGACAAAAGCUGAACUGGAAGCCAAGAGUCACAUUUGAUGAGCUGGUGAGGGAGAUGGUGGAUGCCGACGUGGAGCUCAUGAGAAACAACCCCAACGCCUGAGCCCUGCCUGGGCCCGUGGGUGUCACAGGACCUGUGCUAGGGACACACCCCACAACUGGCACUGCUGUGAGCCCGAUGUGGGUGGCCACCCCUCUACGUGAUGGUUUUAUUGCUGGCCUGCCCCUGUGAAAAAGCCCAGUUUUUUUCCCACUCUCCACACCUUCCUGGUGCCUCUCUCUCUACACAUCAUCCUAGGGUCAGUCCUGCCUGGGCUAGCUCUGGCUCCUCCAAUUAACUGGGGAGGGGAUCACACACACACACCUCCUCUUAAUACUGUACCCGAGGUACUGAUUGGACAGCAAGCCCUCUGAUUUCCAUUUCUUAAUUAAAACUCAUCUUUCUAUUACCUAAGACCUCCAGCACGUUUUUAGUACUUUCUCCCAUUUGAAAAGGAAAACCAAAAGCAUCCCUAGCCCUCCACCCCUCAAGCUCCCCUUUCUUCCAGUACCAGCAACAAACCUCUGGCAUUAACAUGGGCUUGCCACCUCUCCAGCCUUUGCUACAUGGCUUCCCUUCUUUUGCCUUUCCUGAACACUCCUUGUAUUUUUUCCUGCAGCCUUACCUCCACCCCAGCAGCCCAUUUCCACCACUUGAACUC